CCUCAAACAAAGCACAAGUGGUACGCUCUACACUCUACAAGUGUACCUCGCGCGCGCUCUUCGAUCUUAUAUAUAGGAGCGCAGCCCUGCAGCGAAGGGCACUCUGAUUCUCAUCCAACACCUGCAGAAACCAAAGCAAAGCAACAAUGACGCAGAAGAUCGUGAUCCAGGUGCAGAUGUCGAGCGACAGGUGCCGGCCGAGGGCGAUGGCGCUGGCGGCGGCGACGCGAGGGGUGGACUCGGUGGCGGUGGCCGGAGACGCCAAGGACCAGUUGGUGGUCGUCGGCGACGGCGUCGACCCCGUUAAGCUAACCAGCGCGCUGCGGAGGAAGGUCGGCCCCGCGCAGCUGGUGCAGGUCGGCGACGUCAAGAAGGAGGAGGAGAAGAAGCCGGCGGCCGCCGCGGCUGAGGUGGUCGAGUACCAGUCCCACCCGGGGUACUACCAAUGGCAGCCGGAGCCGGUCAGCGUCGCCUACCCUAUUUCUGCCGGCGACGGCUACGGGUACGCGUGCGCGCGGCCGGACACCUGCUCGAUAAUGUAGAUUAGUACUCCAUUGUACACUCAUACCGAUUUUUCCAAGUCGUACAAGAACUCAAGCUCUCAAGCCGGCCGUGACUGCAAGAGCAAAGCUUGAGUAGAUCCCCUCCCAUCUUUUUUCUCUCUGGGUUGAAUAGCAAUCUGUAGCACACUACCAGUGCUAUGACCCGGCUUCGGAAGCAUCAAAUUCUGCUGUACGCUCUCAGCUAUUAUGUGUUGAUCAUUGUUUCUUUUUAUCCAAGAGUUCGAUUGAACAUAGUGGCAUAUAUAUGACUUUUAUUUAGGCAUUGUUGCCUUUCAUAUUUAGGUAUA